AUGCCUGCCCCGAUGAACGAGAAGUCCAAGGCCGUGAGCACCGAGACGGCGUCUAUCCAGAGCACUUCCACCCUCUCGAGCCUCAAAGCGCUCCUGCACACCAAGGACAACAACAAAGACAAGCCGCGGGUCCAGCCGGAGACGGUGGAGCAGAAGACCACCAGGAGGGAGGCGGCCGCUGCCUAUAUGUCGAUGAUGAGAUAG